AUGUCAUCAACAAAUAGAACAAGAAGAGUGAUACCUUCAACUUUAAAUACCCCAACAACUGUAAAAAUAAAUACAACAAAGGAUAUACUGCAAAAUGAAGCUGAAUCAAUACUAACAGAAUUUAUUGAGGCAAGUGAAUUUAAUAAUAAUCCAUUAAAUGUUAAAAAUCAAAAUCAAUCGAAAGGGUUUUCUAACAACAGUGAAACUGUUGCUAUACUAUCACAAUUAAAAAGGAUACAGAGAAAUUUAAGAGGGUUGCCACCUAUUUCCGACAAUAAUGAUGCAAUUAAGAAUAACGACAAAUCUGAAUAA